GCUUUGCAUUGGGGGAAUCCUUGGCGGUAAUAGCCAUUCCUGCCCCUGUGCUAGCCUCAUGCUGGGGCUGAUUGUCUUGUAGCACGGAGCUCCUGCGCCGGGUCCGCAGAUUCCAGAUUGCACAGUACAAAUGCCUUUUGAUAAAGUAUGCCAAGGACACGCGCUACGGCACCAAUGGGGUCUCCACACACGACAGGAAUACCAUGGAGGCUCUGUCAGCCUGCUGCCUCAAAGAUGUGCACCAGGAGGCGCUUGGGUCAGCUGUAAUUGGUAUUGAUGAGGGGCAGUUUUUCCCAGACAUUGUGGAGUUUUGCGAAGCGAUGGCCAAUGCAGGGAAAACCGUAAUCGUUGCUGCCCUUGAUGGGACCUUCCAGAGGAAGGCGUUUGGGAGCAUCCUCAACCUGGUCCCCUUGGCGGAGAGCGUGGUGAAGCUGAACGCUGUGUGCAUGGAGUGUUACCGGGAAGCUUCAUACACCAAGAGGCUGGGAGCUGAGAGGGAGGUUGAAGUCAUUGGAGGGUCAGACAAGUAUCACUCUGUCUGUCGCGUCUGCUACUUCAGGAAGCGACCUCAGCAGGCUGGACUGGACACGAAGGAGAACCUGCCUGUGGGGCCCAAACAGCUGGAUGUCAGAGCCUCCCGGAAGGUCCUGGCUUCUUUACAGAUGCAGUUUAGCUCCACAAACUGAGCAGGGGCAGCUAGAGACUGCAGCUGUGGCCCUUCCUUAGGGCUCGCUUCCCCUGUGUUCAGCCCAGAGCUGUCUCGGGGCUUUGCUUGUGCACGCUGAGCUACAAAGAACCAGGCAAGCCUCCCUGGAAAAGGGAUGAGGGGAGAACAAUGACAAACAGGAAUCGGGCAAGUCCUUUGCCAAGGAACCUGGGCAAGAAACUGGAGGCAGCCAGACUUGCAAUGUUAUAGACCCUGUUCCUAACGAGCUUAUGGAUCUGGAUGCCCCGUCUCUAGGUGCCUGUGGGUCCAGAGGACCCAAUUGCUUUAGCCUCUUCAUUUUACUGCCUUGUACUCCAUGUAAGGUGAAGGGCCUUAGUCCUCCUAUCAGUGCAUGCCAGCCCUUAGCCUCCCUCCUGAGUCCCCAUUUUCCCCCACGAUACUUAUGCAGCUCAUGAAUUUCCCUUGCCCGUUCCACUUCAGUGACUGCCCAAUUUGAGGCCUUUUCUCUCAUUUAAAUUUGCUCAGUGACAAUGCAGAGUUGGCCUAAAUCAAGGCUUUCCUAUUCCAAGGGUCCCCUUCUGCCCCCCCUGUUCCCAGCAGUGAAGGGGGCCUUGGUGUGUUGCGUUUUGAGGGUGAGGUGGAGGUUCUGUUUUUAGUUUGUGCUACAGCUGUGAGGCUCUGCUCCUCCCUGAGCACCCCCCAUGAGGGAACAGAAUGGACGCCACCGUGACUGGAGGGUGAUCAAGCUUUUAAGAGGCUCGCCUGAGGUGAGGUGCAGCUGGGGCUGCUGUUAAAGGGCAGUAGCUGCGUCAGUGGAGCCCAGAUCUGUCACUAUGCACAGCUGCUCCCUGCAAACUCUCCUUGGGGCAGACAGCUGUCCAAGGCCCUGGGGCCUCACCAGAAGGGCGUGCAGGCGGGGCUCUGAGGAGCAUUGCAUGUCCCACCCUUGUCGAGUGAAUCUAUGACUUGCCCUAUGGCGCUGCUGUCCCAAGAACUGGCUGCGUAAGUGAGGGCCUCCCUCCAACAUGGACCUGAGCGCGCCUGUCUGCUUCCACUCUUAUCUGCAUUUCUUCCGGUGUCCUUAGCAAAGCUCUCUCCCCUUUCUCUCUAGGGCUUGGUCUCUCCCACUGGUGCCUCAUGCCCAUGGCAGCUGGCUGGCUGAAGCCCCUGGCCACUAAGUAGCAAGCAUUUUGUAGUCCCUGGCCAUGAGCACAGACCUUCCCUUCCCUGGAGAAAGCAACUGGCACCACCCUGCCUUGUCACCUGGGCUUACGCUCACCAUGCCCGGCUUGCUGCUUUGGGAGGGACUGAGCCCUGACUCAGGGAGGCUUACCGUGCUCCAGGCUGCACCAUUAGCAGAGGGGGUUCAUUGCUUAGUGCUGGGUCUAACUGCAGGGGGAACCUUUACAAUGAAAUGAAAUGUAA